GAUGGCCGAUUAAUAUUUGUCAAUGAUGAAGGAUCUAGAACACCGGAUAAAAUUGAGUUUGGCAAAUAUAAUGGGGCCCGCUUUAAUGACGGAAGGUGGCAUUUGUUUAAGAUCAACCGCCAGGGAAGAAAGAUAAGUCUAAGUGUUGAUGAUCGACACCAAGAGGAGUAUACCUUUCCAAGAGAUGUUCAGUUCCUGGCUCCGGGCGAGGUUUUCCUCGGCGGCAGCUUGAACAGUCCUGCUGCUACAGGAGAUUUGGCUGUUCCAAACUUUAAUGGGGGGAUGGCUUUG